UAAUAAUUACCUCAGCGGUAGGCGUACCUUUUCAUUUCCUCUCUACUUUUUUCAAGUUUCAGUUUCAUUUCUCAGUAACCGGACGUCUCUCUCUGUAGCUGAGGGGAGCUAGCAGCUCAGCUCAGCGCUAACGACAGUGUUGCUCAGGCUGAACUCACGUCAAAAUGACCUCAAUCAUCUCUAAAUUCAUCAUCAAGACCCUGUGCGACAACCAGGGAUGUUUGGACUUCAGGCGCCUGGAUGAGAAGAUCGGACAGAGUUUCACUGUUGCGGAUUCCGUCCUGCACAGUGUCCUCUUCGACGACGGUAAAAUAGCCAUUAAAGAAGGCAAACUGAGGGCUGCUGGUCAGGUCAUCAGCCCGGACAGUCUGGUGGUGGCAAAAACCAGCCUGCGACUGUGUCAGAAGAAAGCCGGAGAGUGCGCACAGUGUGGCGGGUUACACCUGUGCAAGUAUCAUGUUUGCGGAGAGUGUACGUUCGGAAACAAGUGUAAAAAACCCCAUAAUCUGGCUUCUCCACACAACGCUGAGCUGUUGAAGACAUAUGGUCUUCACGAUCUGACUGAGAAGCAGCUGUUCCAGCUGUUACUGCAGAAUGAUCCUUUUCUGCUUCCUGAGAUCUGCCUACAUUACAACAAGGGCGACGGUGAGCACGGUUCCUGCAGGUUCAAAACUGACUGCAACAAGCUUCACGUCUGCCAACACCAUCUCCAGGGGGACUGUAAGUUUGGCCCUUCCUGUAAGAGAACCCACAAUAUCAACGUGAAGACCUUGCGAGGAUUCAGUCAGGAGAAUAUCAACAACCUUCAUGAGAUCUACAGAAAUAAAUUCAUCAUUAUGGAACCACAGGAGAGACGAGCCGCUGCUGUUGUUGUGCUGCCUGAAGUGAGAUUGCCCAUUCGGGUGCCUUCCCACAACAACCCUGCUGGACCCCCCGCUCGUUCUGCUGGUGCAUCCAAACCCAUGAGCGAUGUUGACAAGAAUGAAAUCUGCCUCUUCUUCAUUCGCAGGCACUGCAGCUUCAAAGAGAAGUGUGCCAGAGUCCACUGGCACUUGCCUUACAGGUGGCAGGUUUUGGACAGCGAUGGUGUGACCUGGAAGGACCUGCCCAACAUGGAGGACAUUGAGAAGGCCUACUGUGAUCCAGAAAGUGACAGAAGCUGCAAGGAUCAACUAUCACCCACCGCUGCCUUGGGGAUAUUCAGAUUUCUGUCUCUACAAAGCCCUGCGUCCACCGUUGAGCCAUCAGUUGACUUCACGACGAUGACGUAUGGAGGGGCUCAAGUUCGUCGCCUGUCCACUGCCUCCUCUGUCUCAAAGCCACCGCACUUCAUUCUUACAACAGAGUGGCUUUGGUACUGGAAGGAUGAGAGUGGGAUAUGGCUGGAGUAUGGACACGGCUCUGGUGACACACAGGCCUCCAUCACCUCUCAGACUCUGGAGAACGUAUACCUGGCAGACAGAGACACAGAGAUUCCUUUCAGUGCUGGCAAACAUCAGUAUAUCCUCCACUUCAAAGGCGCACUGGGAACCCAGCAGAUGUUUCAGGAGAACAUAAGAUACAAGACCAUGAGAGAGGUCAGAAGGAGGCCUUGCUUUGUGUCUGCUCAAGAUGUGGAGGUGAAGCUGAAGAGUGGGUCAUCACACAGCUCCAGCUCCUCCACAGCUGAAAGUUUCCCCUCCUACUGGGACAAGAAUGUCCUUCCUGAUUUUGGAUACAAGCUCAUAUCUCUCCCUCAAUCUGCAAAGGAGUACAGUAGGAUUGAGACAUUGUUUAAGCACACCAUGCCACAGAGUAAGAUUAAGACCAUCCAGAGGAUCCAGAACCCAUCUCUGUGGAAAGUCUUUCAGUGGCAGAAGGAGCAGAUGAUGAUGAGGAAUGGAGGGAAAGCCGUCAAUCAGCAAUACUUGUUCCACGGGACAGACGAGUCCCUGAUUGAAGCCAUCUGUGAACAAAACUUUGACUGGAGGAUGUGUGGUGUUCACGGGACGGCCUAUGGCAAAGGGAGCUACUUUGCCAAAGAUGCGUCCUACUCCGACAGAUAUACCAGCAAGAAAAGCCUGAACAAGAUCAUGUUUGCUGCUCUGGUCCUGGUGGGGGAGUACACCAAGGGGAGCAGCGCUUAUGUCCGUCCCCCGGCAAAAAGAGAUGGCAAAACCCUCUAUGACAGUUGUGUUGACCGUGAGAGCGGCCCCAGCAUCUAUGUCAUCUUUGAUAAGCAGCAGAUUUAUCCAGAGUAUCUCAUCAACUACUUGUAAGUCCCAAUACUGUUGUUCCCCUUUCUCAAGACUUUGAACAGGGGACGAAAUAUCAUGUAACACUCAUACUCUGAUGAUAGGCAGCAGGUGGCUUUGUUUAGGGUUUGUGGAGUUUUUACAGUGGUGGCGGGAGUAUUCGUAUACUUCACAUAUGCAGUAAAUGUAACAUCACAAUGAAAAAAUAUAAGUAAAAGUCCUGCAUUCUGAAUUGUAUGUAAAAGCUGAGUUUUAGCAACGAAAUAUACUUCAAGAAUCCAAAUGAAGAACCAAAGGAGCGGCAGAAUGGCCCCUGUAAAGGUUAUAUUGUAUAUUAAAUUACUGGAUGAUUGUUACUCAUGCAGAAAUGUUUAAGGCAAAUUGAGGUAGAGCUCAUUUGAGCUUAUUUUAUUUUGCGUUGCAUUCAGUUUAUAAAUUGACAUGUUACAAUAUUUCCUCCCAAAGCUGAAAUUGUUCAGUGUGAUUAUGACUGUGUGCACUAGUCAAUCUGUGAAUCAGACAAUACCAAUAUCCUUGACGACAUUUUUUUAAUGAUUGGUGUCUGGUGUUGUAAGAAUGUUAGCGGUUGUUAGGUAAUGAACAUACUAAAAAUUGCCAUGCCAUGUCAAUCUAAUUAUGUAACAAUAGAACAGGUCAAUAAAGAUACAUUUCAUCAUCA